UCGAGACUCGCGACUCAGUCGGACUGAUCAAAGACUCGCUCGCGACCUGACUCGCCACAAGCAUCCACGGCGUCCUUGUAGCCUGCUCGAUUCGAUAGCGCAGUCGCAGUCGCAGUGCUGCCUCCGCCCUCACACAGGGGACAGUGAUGGGUGUUUGUGGAUAGCGAGCCUGGAGGCUUGUCUUGCGCACCACGCCCGCCUGAUCAUCCACACGAGCGCGCGAGCUACAUAAAGAGAGGCUGCCUUCAGGGGUGGCUAAGCAAGUGCCCCUGUGCUUUUCUCUGCCCUCGCCCCUCGACACUCCGACGCUCUGCCCCUCCUCUUUCCAGCUUCCGAUUUGCCAACGAACAACAACUGGAGACAGAAAAAUGCCAGUCUGCGACGCUUGCUUCGGUGGGGUGGGGGAUAACGCGCGUGGCUGCAAACGGACCAGCCAACAGGCUUGCAGGAGGUGCCAAUCGCAUGGCAUCAAGUGCAAGGUCAGCUUUGGAGAGGAUCCCGGAAAGAGGCAAUGGACUGAUGGAAGGCGCUUCGAGCACAAGCACAGUCAUGAACUUGUCGAGCUUGUGAGCGUAGAUGGCUCAAGGCGCUGGACUUCCGAGGGCGAGGGAGAUUUUCUGUGCCUGCGAGACCCAAGACAUUGCGACGCGAACUGCAAGCAUUACUGGCGUCGAGUCGUGAAUACAGCCAAUCCCUCACCCGAGCAGGGAAACCUCGAGGAAGCUCUCGAACAUCCGAUGGAAGAAGAUCCGGAGCAUCCAAUGGAAGGAGAGGAGCAGGAGCAGCAGGGGCAGCAGGGGCAGCAGGGGCAGGAGCAGGAGCAGCAGGGGCAGCAGGGGCAGGAGCAGGAGGAGGAGCAGCAGCAGGAGCAGCAGCAGCAGGAGGUCGAGCUGCCAAUGGACGAAGAUGUCGGGCAGCAAAGCCAUGAAGGUUCCGGGCAACCGACUGGAGAAGGUCUCGCGCAGUCACUAAACAUGAAUGUCCCCACCGGAAACGGACUCGGGGAACUGAGCGGCAUGGAUGCGCAGCAAUGGGAAAUGAACUGGUGGCGCUGGACUUAUCGUGCUUAUCAAGACCUGCCUGUUCACGUCUAUCGAACCCUAGACGGGGCGCAUGCGCCGCGCCGAGGGGAGACACCGCCGCACACUUGGGAAGAGCUCUGGACUAUCCAUCCGUCCCCAGCUCAGCCUUCUCUAUAUGAGCACGUCAAAUAUGCGCCUAUUUGUCAUUGGCACAUCAAGAAUUUUGCCUCGACGGAGGAACAGCUCAAGAACGUCAGCUCCCUCAAGGGCGGCAUCGUAGACCACGAGUCCGAGGGUUUCAUCUAUAGCAAUCCUACGGAUUACAACCACAGCUUCACGCCUAGUGACGGCUCCUCAUCUCACGACAUUCCGCCCCUCUGGCUGUAUCCAGAUUGGCCCUUUCCUGAUGCAGCUCAGACGCAGGCAGCGUCUUGCCGACAGUAUCUCUUGUGGCAUCACUGCACAGACCGCUCCGAAUCGGUCUGUAAUCUCCAAAGCUGGAUGGAGCAUUGUCGCACGGAAAUGAGCAGGGGAACAUCUGCGGACGCUAUGAAUGCGGCACACAAAUUCGCUGCCCUACUUGCAGCUCACGUAAGGUUGGGCGAGUUUGGGUCCGUGUUUGUGCGCAGAUGCUACCAUUUUGAUGCACGGCUAUGCGUCUUUGACAUUCCACCGGGCGAAUAUCAGACUAUCUUGCUGCUUCAUCUCUUCGACAGUCAGGGGCCUCUGCUACCGCCGGAGAACACCCGAAAUGCAAAGUGCAUCCGUGGCAGCACGGCUCCUCUGACUCCUCCUGCAAAGGUGGAUCACGACGAGAACAUCCUCGGAGUGCCUGCAAAUGAUGAGUGGGGCAGAGUUCGAAGGCCACGUAGACCGCUUGGCCUGCGACUGGACGUACGAAUUCCAGAGUGGAGCAGCGACCCUACCAUCAGCGCCCAAGGCAAGCAAUCUGAACUAGAAAAGGCGGCAAGUCACGGCACUUGGGAGGAGCCAGGUCAAGGCUACCCGGUGCGUUUCGAGCAGCACUACGAGCUGAGCUGGAACCCCUUCCAGGGAAAUGUUGGGAAAGGCUGGCAAGUCUUCAUAUCUGCGGACAAGAUGCAUAUCACUCAAGAAUACCCCUCGCGCAUCUUCAGGCUCCACAACCCCAAGAGUGGACACGAGAAUUUUGCAGGGAUGCGCUUCGGCGGCAUGCUCUUACGUAAACUUUCCUCGAGGUCGCCUUUCUGACCCGCCUGCGCGGACGCAAACUUCGCAUGAGCUUGGCACUUGUCACCCGUUCGCCACAUUACGUCACGUCCUGCUUUGAUCUGUCCUUCAUUCACGACUUGUUAUUUAGAUAUUCAUCCACACUUGCCAUAUGUACAAAUAGUCUCGCUGGAUACUGACAGGUGCAUCAAGACCUGCCGCUUACAUCUGGGAUCUCGCAGCCAGCUCCGGAUGUGUCGCUUGGUGAUGCAAGUUUUACUG